CAAAUUCUGCACCUAUUCCAUUUGAAAUUCAGUCAAUUUUUGGUUUAUUCGAUCAAGUGGCAUUACUUCGUUGUUUUGAACAGCACCGAGAAUUAGGAGUUGAUAUUGCUCCAUUCGUAUUCGGUAUGUUGGUACAUGCAGCUAUGAUGCUUGAUGGGGUGGAAGUUUUCAAUCCUGAUGCUGUUGGCUUUCUUACAUCAAUGAAUUUAUUCAUUCAUUUAAUUGGUGAACCUGGUACUAAUAAAUCUGGUUUAUUCCGGAUCUUCAAUAAUAGCAUCAAUGUAUUACGAAAAAUUUUUCCUUCUUUCUUUUCGAAACCAUGUACGGAAGUUAUCAAAGAUGAAGAAAUACAAAAUACAGUUGAUUUAAUUGUAAACAAUGAAACGGAACUAGCUCUAUUUCAACGACUCUCAAAACGGGAGAAUGUAUUUUUUUCAAGUGACGAACUUGAUGUUUUUAAUACUCGAUUUGGAGUUUAUCAAGGCAAUAUGCCAGCCAAUGAUAUGAAAAUAUUUGCUUCGAAACUCUUAUGUCAAGCAUAUGAUAUUAUGAAAAACGUUACUCGUACAACUGGAUCUUCAUCAUAUUUUAUUAAACGUGGCUCCAUCAAUAUUUUUGGUGCAUCAACAGGUAACAUGUUAUCAUCUAUAUGUCAACAAUACAACAGUGAUGCUAUGUCCGAUGGUACUGUUAGUCGAUAUUUAUUCGUCACAACUUGUGCCCAUAAAAGUUUAAAUGACGUACCAUCAGAAAUUUUAUCUGUACAACCAAAUACUGUGCAUAUUUUAAUCGUACUUCGUUUGUUGGCUCAAUAUAAACUAAUUUUUGUAUUUGGACAACAUCAACUUCCAGUCAUUGUACCAAAAAUCAUUAUAGUUCCAUCGGAUAUAGAAGAAGCUCGAAAAAAUAUCUUAAAUCCAAUUCCAGCAACUGAGCCAAUUUCCACCUUAAAACCAAAUGUGAUUGUCGACAUUAAACAAGCUGAUAUUGAACUAGAUGGAUCAAUAAUAUCUCCAUUUAAUGCUAUUCGUCGUAUUAUAAAUGCCGAAGAUAAUAAAUCUACACAGCUUGAUACCAAUGGCAAACCAACUUUUACACCAUUGCAAUGUGCUUUUCAGCGUAAAAGUAGCAAUAAAUUGGCUCGUUUAGCUGCAUUAUGUGAAGCAAUAUCAUAUGCCAUUAAGUUAUGUUCGGAAUGCAUUAAUAUAGUUCGAUUUGGCGACGGCCUUUAUUUAAAAGAACAUAUUGAUGAUGUACAAAUUAAUUGGUUAAUGAAAUUUCAUGAUAAUGUAAAAUUACUUAUCGAACGAGAUAUUACAAUGGCUCCAAAAUUUGGAACAGAUCAACGUCCGUUACUUAUUAUUGAAAAACCAGCUGUUCAUGCUUCAAAUAUGCUCCAUCAAUACACUUCAUCUACCAUUUCGGCUCUCUUCGAUGGCACAGAAAUGAACAUCAAUGAACCAACAAAUGAUAAUAAUGACAAUCCGAUUAAUAAUGUAUUGCCUAAUAAUGCUUUCUAUGAACACCAAGCCAUUUUGCUCAAAAUGACAUCACCUAUUCUUGUGAGAGCUUGGUUCAACAAUGAAAUUACUGGUCUUCCAUUCACGAAAACUUUUAAAAAUUACCGAAAAUCAAAAAGCAAAUUGCCAAAACUCAAUCAAGCUGUUGAUGAAUUAGUUCAAAAUGAUAUUCUUAAGAAGGGCUUUCAAAAUACUCGACACAUUGUUGCUGCUCGAAAAGAAACUUAUUUGAAAACGUCGCCAGCUACUAUUCGUGGUAAUAGCAACAUGCUUGGUUAUCUUCAAUCAAUUAGCGUCGAUAUUGAUACUUAUGAACAUGUGUAUCUUUCGUCACCAUUACCAAUGAACAUGGAAUUAACUACAUUUGCAACUAAUGUAAUUCUAUUCAAUGAUGAUUAUGUUGAAUACUGUCAUCUAUUCAACGAUGCUCGUAUCGAAAAAGAAAUGGAAGAACGAUUGACAAAACAUAUGAUUGAAUCCAGAAUGUCAUUUGGUCGAAAACAAUACUUUAUGCCAUUGCUAUCUCAAAUUGCUGUACAAGGUAAAGUUAAACUUUUACCAAACGAAUAA